AUGGAAAUGUUCUUCGAGGUUAACAAUGUGCUGGAAGGAAAAAAAGUACCGACCAUACUUACCUUGGUGGGUAAUAAGAUGUAUGCGUUACUUGGAAGCAUUGUAUCUCUAAGAAGGCCGAAAGAUUUGUCUUUUGCGGAAGUCUUGGAUAAUCUGGUUAAGCACCUGGAUCCGAAGCCGAUAGUCAUAGCCGAGUGUUUCAAGUUCCAUAAAGCGGAACAGCAAGAGUCGGAAUCGAUAAGAGAAUCCUUGUUAGAUUUAAUAAGUUGGCUGAGACUUGCGAGUUUGGCAGUUGUCGCGAAAAGGCGAUGCGGGAUCAGUUCGUGUGCGGUUUAAAGGAGCGAACGAUUCAACGCAAGUUACUCGCAGUCGUGGAUUUGACUUUACAGACGGCUCUCGAAAAGGCGUGUGCUGCUGAAUUGACCGAAAAGGAAACCACCGCAUUGCAUGGAGGAAGUGUGGAACAGACGAAAAAAAGUGGCUGUUACGUUUCCCGAGUGCUUUCGUUGUGGAAAAGUCAAUUACUCUUCGGACACGCGUUUCUUUCGGAAUUCCAAGUGCCAUGGUUGUCAAAAAGUUGGUCGUGUUGUCAAGAAGUGUCCUGAGAAAACGGGGAAAGAGCAAAGACCGGAAAGUGGGAGGAAAAGUGGACGCCAAAGUCAAAAUUGGGGAAUAAAGAAGAAACAGCAAAAGGUUCGUUUGGUCGAAGAAGAUCUGGAACCCAAGCAAUCAGUGAAAGGAAGCGAUUGGCCCAUGUUUACUGUCUCCCGUGGAAAAUGUAAAGCGUUCAUCGUGCCAGUAGCAAUAGAUGGGAAAACUGUGGAUAUGGAACUUGACACUGGAGCUUCUGUAACUAUUAUUCCCAAGCGCGUUUGGACUGAUAUUCUCGCGUCAAAACCUGUAGGGCACACAGACCUGAAACUACGAAGUUGA